UUAUGUAUAGCUAUUACCUGUUGUCGGCAUUUGGACCCCAAAUACAGCCCUAUUUAUGGUGGAAGAGAUAUAUUACACGAUUGCAGUUAAUACAGUUCGCGUUACUUAUAGUGUAUGCCAUGUAUUGUGUAAUGUUUGGGGAUUUAUCUGAUUAUCCGUUGGCUUUUAAUUUGUUGACUUAUAAAAGUAAUAAAAAAUCCUCAAAAAUAAAU